AUGGCUUUAGAGUGUUCAGAACAUAACGAAUCACAUAAGUUUAUUUGUUAUCAAUAUCAUCCUGAUCAUGAUCAAUGGGAACAUAUCGAUGAUAUCAAACAAUCAUUAAAUAAAGACGAGAAUAAUACUUCAUUCAUCAACUUACAACUUAAAUCGAUAUGGGAAUCAUUAAAAUCAUCAACAUCAAGAUAUCAAUCAUUAUCAGCAACAGAGAAUGAAAUCAAACAAUACUUUGAACAACUACAUCAAUAUCUAAUCAUUGAAGAGCAAAAACUAAAGAGAGAUAUAAUUAAUGAUAAAGAUACAAUCAUAAAUCAAAUCGAUAAUAAUAUUAAUCAUUUGAAAUAUAUUUCAACAGUGAUAGAAGAUACAACAACACAAUAUUCAAUAACGACAACAAUAAUGAAAUCUAUUACAUCAAGCUCAUCAUUACAAUCAUUCAUCUUGGAUAAUAAUCAGACAUUGUUCAAUGAUAAUCAUGAUCCAUUCAAUAUUGAUGAACUUAAAAAUCAACAUAAUAAUGAUUCAUCAUUAUUAUUGGAUAUCAUAUACAAAUACAACAAUAAAUUCAAUAAAACUGAUAAUAAUAAUAAUAAUACAUCAUCAAUACAAUCAUCAUUAUAUGAAUUAUCAAUCAAACAACCUGAUUUUAAUCAGUUGGAUUCAAUAAUUAAACAAUCAAUCAAACUUGAUAAAAUUGAACCAUCAGAGAACAAUGAAAUAAAUACAACAACAACAAACAACGAUGAUAAUAAACAAUCAUAUAUUUUCACAACACAUCACUCUCAAGGAGCAACACUUAUCAACACAACAAACAACAAUUCAAUCGAGCAAAUCAAACUUGAUUUUGAUUUUAGGUAUACACACCAAUCGAUUGUUUCAAUUGGUGAAUAUAUCUAUAUAUUCGGUGGUACCAAUCAAAACAAAUGGAUGAAGUUCUCAAUUAAAUCGAAAUCAAUUGAAUAUAUUGGUAAUAUCGAAGGAAUAGAUGGUGAUUAUCAUAUAUCAGUUUGUUACGAUGGUAAAGAUCAUAUCUAUUUGGUUAAUGGUACCAUUAAGAAUAGAAUUGAUCGAUUCAACAUCAAGACCAUGCAAUUCGAAAGAUAUCAUCGAUUACCUGAUGAAUACGGUCAACAGGUAUCAACAAUGAUCUUCAAAGGUUCAUUGUAUUCAGUAACACACAACGGAAAUAAGAUGAUUCAAUUCGAUUUGACCAAUAAAACAAUAGAAAAUCAUCAAAUUGACAUUACACCAUACACAGCAUGUCAUGAUAACAAUGGAAAUUUCUUCAUAGUCAAUGGCAGUAACAAGAGAUUCAUCAAAUACAAUGUUGAGACAAAACAAACAGUCAAUCUCAAAUUUACUCCCACCAAAAAUCCAUUUGGAUAUGCUUAUUUGAUGUAUCAUCGAGAAUCAUCAACAUCAAGUUUUAUCUAUUCAUUUGGUGGUGCAUCAUAUGGAAACUACAAAUAUUCAAUUGAAGACAACCAAUCUGAACCGAUCCUUGAAGAUGAUAAAUUCGAAAGAUGUUGGUGUGCAGCUACAUCCAUAAAAUAUUAA